CGGCUCCUCACUCGCGCCCAAGAAGCGCCCAAGGGGCGGCUCACCGGACGACGCCGAGCGGGCGCCCAAGAGGGGCAAGCAAAACACCUCCAAUAUCGUCGCCAACCCGCCCCCACCGUCGGUGGCGGAUAGUCUGGACGGCGAACGAAUCGUACCCAAGACGGCUAUGUACACCGCCGCGUCAGCCGCCGCGGCGAAGCGCCGGAUGCUCCCGUCGCGCGGCGGCGGUCGUCAGAAGGUGCACCGCCCGUGGACCCUACCCGAGGUUGAGGCGCUCGUGACGGGCGUCGGCCACUACGGCCGCGGGCAGUGGGCGGAUAUCAAGUCUCUGGAGCAAGACGGGGUCGCCGCGGCGCUCGAGUCGAGGAGCGCCGUCGACCUCAAGGAUAAGUGGCGCAACCUCCUCCGCAUCGCGAUGCUCCCCGUGCUGUACAAGCGACGCGAGGCGACGGAGAUGCCGCCCGCCUUGCUCGCCAGGGUGCGGGAGCUCGCCGCGCAGAAGGGUGAAAACGCAGAAGGGCGAACCCGUGGCGGGGGCGGCGGCAGGGAAUCCUCCCCGGGUAGGGGAAUGGACGACGACGACGCGACAAACGCUUCGGAGGCGUCAAUGCCCGCGAGCAAGGGCGCGCGCAGGUCCAAGCACCACUCGCCGUGGACCCUCACCGAGUCCAAGGCGCUGGUGGACGGCGUGGAGUCGUGCGCGGGUUGCAGGUGGACCGUCAUCAAGAAGCUCGGCCUCGAGUCCCUGGAGCGCCGAACCGCCAUGGACCUCAAGGAUAAGUGGCGCAACCUCCUGCAGCUGGCGUCGCUCCCGCAGCAGUCGCGGCGCAAGGCGGAGACGCCCCCGGAGCUCCUCCAGCGCGUGCUGUGGCUCGAGGCCAAGUACGGGACGGCGAGGAGGAAGGGGAGGAAGAGCGCCGACAAGGAGAGCGCCAAGUGAAAGGUGAGCGCCGAGUGAAAGGAGAGCGCCAGCGAGUGAGGGGCGACGUCUUUCCAGGGCAAAUCUCGCGGGGGGAAUCUCGGAGGAGGCGAGACGAUGUACGAUUGGACGGCGAGCGCGGCGGUGAAUUCGCCGCCGCGCUCGCCGACGCGUGUUGUACCAACAUUUUGAUUCUUGUACCAUCAAAAACAGAUUCACGAGUGU